AUGGCAUCGAGCACGGGCAUCGGGAAGGUUGGCAACGAGCAUCAUGAGCACUCGUUCUCAGCUUCGAAUGAGAAACAUUUCCAAUUCGCAGUACCAUCAUCGAGGAAGAUGGCGGUCGCUGUUUGGUUCAAAUCGGUGAUUAUGUGCUCAUUGGCAUUACCAACUAAGCAGUUCUUCCAAAAGCAACCGCGUCAUGAAAAUUCCGGUCGCCGAGAUGGGCCAUCACAGCAUGUCAAGAUUGAAGCUCAGCUCUGUACAGUUGAUCUCUACAACAGUUCCCAGCACUCCGUUGGGAAGACCUCGAUCAACAAAAGCCCUGUGGCCGCACCAAGCGAACUUCUCGAUUCCGUCAACACCGAGAGAUUGCUUGAGGAACCAUCUCCUACACCAGUGCUGUACGAAUUCAUGCCUCACAACGACUCCAUACGUCUGUUGCGCCUUCACAAGGGUGCUCUGGCUGACCCUGUCGAGUUCACUCUCGAGUUUGCACGGUUGGAUCACAUAGCUCUCGAGUACGAAGCACUCUCAUAUGUAUGGGGCCCGGAUGUUCCAACAUCGUACAUCGUACACCGAAUCAGCCAAAAAGCGACCCCGGUCACUCCAAACCUCUAUGAAGCGCUCCACAACGUACGAUGGUGUGAUCGAGACCGGCUGCUCUGGGUAGAUGCCUUAUGCAUCAACCAAGAAGACAGGAAAGAGAAGGGAACACAGGUCCGUAGGAUGAACUCCAUCUAUUCUCGCGCUAGCCGUGUCCUUGUGUGGCUGGGUCCCAGUGCAGGUGAGGCCACUGGCGCGUUUGGCGUGUUAUGUGCGCUCGCCAAUGAGGCUUUGCAGAAGCAGUUGCACGUCGACACAGACGGGGUUGAAGAAGCUCAGUACACAACGACAUCACAUGAACACGAACCCAUCGUACUCGAUGCAGUCCCUCAUAUCAGGAAGGAAGAUCUCUGGGGGAAAGUCAUGCUGUUCUUCUGCCAGGCGUGGUAUACCCGACUCUGGGUCCUGCAGGAGAUUGUUCUUGCUCGCGAAGCUACCGUUGUGUGGGGUGACUGCUCCAUAUCGUGGAAACACGUCGGUGCGGCAAUCGAGUCCAUCCGGGCGAAUGAGCUUCUACAUAUGAUUCUCGCAACGAGGAAUUUGCAGAACGCAUUCUUCAUGUGGCACUUGAGCACCGCGCAUCGCAACUCAGAGCACCUCCAUUCUGACGAUAGCAGCCCAAAGUCAAACCGGAAUGAGUUGUUUCCGUUCUUCCAUCUCCUGGAUAUAGCGCGAAGCUUCGAAGUGACCGACCCACGAGACAAAAUUUACGGCCUCCUCGGUUUCUCUACAACCGACAACGGCUUUAGCGCAGGUGACAUCACGCCCGACUACACACUCAGUACAAGCGAGGUGUACACACAAGUGACUCGCAGCUUCAUCGAAAAAGACCAGAACCUCGACAUCCUAGCUCUCGCACUCUAUGUGGCUCCACGUUGGCGGCAACCUGAAGACUAUAUCGACAACUUACCUUCUUGGGCGCCCAACUUCAACUCCAAAACCACCGCGUUUCCCAUCUCAAACAUGAACAGUAAACACCAGUACUCCGCCGGAUUCGCGCGGCCCAUGUGUCUCUUGCCCUCACCUACCCACAACACCCUGCGCCUGAAAGGCGUGCAGCUAGAUACCAUCCGCACGACCGGACCCGGCACCGAAUUCCAACACCUGCACAUGAUCAAACCAUACUUCCGCCUCCUCCUGAAGUGGUCCAUAGACGCAGGCGUCUUCCGCGACAAGAUCGCUGCAACGCUAACAGCGGGCCGCAACCGCGACGGACGACUCCUCUCUCCCGCACAGAAGGAGAUGUACCGCACGCACCUGAUGCAGUUACUCGAGUACAACAACACCGACGUUUCCGCGUUCCCUGCCGGCCUUGUAGCAGAUGGCGCACACGAGGCUCAGGAAGCGCUAUGGCGCUUCGUCACGUACCGCACGCCGUUCAUCACGGGAAAAGGCGCGUUUGGUCUCGGGCCCCGCGAGGCAAAGGAGGGCGAUGCUGUCGUCGUGCUUUGGGGUGGGCAGUGCCCUUUCGUUGUUAGCGCGGCUGGGGACGACGGGCAGUGGGUGCUCCAGGGCGAGUGUUUUGUUCAGGAGUGGAUGCAUGGAGAAGCUGUCCAGGCGUUGGUGGACGACGAAGGGAUCGAGGAUGGGGUGUUUGAGCUUUUGUGA